GUUAUUGUUAACUUAAUUUAACUAUUUCUGUUUUUACUGUGUGUGUGUGUGUGUGUGUGUGGGCAUGAAGAUCAGACGGGCCAGACAGUCAAACAGUCAAACAGUCUUGACGUAACCCUGAUGGCGAUGGCAAAUGCUUAGUUAAGGUGGAGCUGGAGCUGGACCCGGUUCCGGGGAUGGGGGGAUCUGGAUGUGGAUGUGGAUCGGGUUUGUUGUCUCGGCGAGGUGGUUGACCAUGGUUGUACCUGCUGGCUGCUGGCUGCUGGCUGCUGACUGGCAGGUGGGUUCGGAUGCAGGCAGGGUGCAGGUUGUGCAGUGUACCUCGUACCUAGGUACUAGGUAUGGUAGGUGUGGUACUUUUACUACGGUCUAUCAGUAUGGAGUAACCGGUAGUUUGCAGGUACCGAUUGAUGGCUGUCAAUGUGCUGGUGCUGUAUGCAAGGCAGGCGAGGCAGGCGAGGCAACCACUCGAUAGUUGUGUCCAUGUCCAUGUCCAUGUCCGUCUAUGUCCGUCUAUGUAUCUACAGC